GGAGUACUUAAGUCAGCUCAAACAGAAUCCCUUUUUACAUUGUAGACUAGAACAAGCUUCUGCCAUCAGAACAGCUUAAGUGAACUGUCUCUCUUUUGUGAAUGUUCCCUGAGAGUAAAUAAUGUUUGCACAAGAUCAAUGUGGAUGUUAGAAUUCAAAGCUGGAAGAUGAUGACAGCGAGUAAUAACCUUAAAGCAUUGGUAUUUUUCUGGACUCUGAUUCUGUGUUGUCCUUCAUUUAUCUAUGCUGUUCUGAAUUGGGAGGUACAGCGAUAUGAUGGAUGGUACAAUAAUCUUGCCCAUCACAGCAGAGGGACAGUAGACACUCCCUUUGUUCGCCUGCUGCCAGCUCGUUAUGCUGAUGGAGUUUAUGAAGUUUUCCGAGAGCCAGAAUUACCAAAUGCUCGCAUGAUCAGCAAUGUGGCAAUGAAAGGGAAAUCAGGAAUACCAUGUUCCAAAAACCGAACUGUUCUGUUUGUCUACUUUGGGUUUCACGUCUUUGAUGAAAUUGUGGAAGUGGUUGGAAAUGGAUGUCCUGCUGAAUUUCUUAACAUUCAGGUUCCUUCUGGAGACCCAAUUUUUGAUCCCAAUAGCACAGGGAGGGUGGAGCUUCCAUUUCAGCGCUCUCGAUGGACAACCAAGUCGGGACAAAGUCCAAACCACCCCCGAGUGCAGAUAAACCAUGUCACCACCUGGAUUGAUGGAAGUUCUAUCUAUGGAUCAUCACAUUCUUGGAGUGAUGCCCUGCGCGCCUUCUCUGGUGGGCGUCUGGCUUCUGGCCCAGACCAACGGUUGCCGAGACAAAGUAAUGGAUUGAUUCGUUUGUGGAAAUUUGCAGACCCUGCAACCGGACAACAUGGAGUUCAGGGACUUUAUGAUUUUGGAAAUGCAAAAGCAAAUGAGAGUCCAUUCCACCGAGCAGAGAACAUCAUCUGGUUUCGAUACCACAAUCAUUUAGCUGCCAAACUCCAAGAGCGAAAUCCCACAUGGACAGAUGAAGAGAUAUUCCAGAAUGCUAGAAAAGUAGUAAUUGGCACCUUCCAGCGUAUCCUGUUUUAUGAGUGGCUACCAGCCUUCAUUGGAGAAAAUGUGACAGCAUACAAAGGCUACAAGAAAUAUAUAGAUCCCAGCAUUUCGCCUGAAUUCCAAGCUGCGGCUAUUCGAAUAAUGAACUCCUUGGUUCCUCCAGGUGUCUGUAUGAGGAACAGUACAUGCCACUUUCGAAAGGUGAAGAAUGUUUAUAACAGAGAAGAACCAGCGCUUCGUGUCUGCAAUAACUUCUGGAGUCGAGAGAAUCCGAAUUUUAAGAAAGCAGAGGACAUAGAUGAGCUGAUUCUGGGAAUGGCAUCGCAGCAAGCUGAAGAAGAAGACAAUAUCGUAGUGACGGACCUAAGAGACUUUAUGUAUGGACCUAUGAGGUUCACACGAUCAGAUGCAGUAGCCCUUGACAUCCAGCGGGGACGAGACAAUGGUCUCCCAAGUUAUAACCAAGUACGGGUGGCUCUUGAUCUUGAGCCUGUUAAAAAUUGGACAGAAAUCAACCCUGAGCUCUCCAGGGAGAAUCCGGAGCUCAUUAAGCAAUUAGCAGAACUAUACAAUUAUGACAUAUCCAAACUGGAGAUGUUUGUUGGAGGCAUGCUGGAGAACAGUGAGAAUUCUUCACGACUCUUCACUGCCAUCAUCAGAAAGCAGUUUGAGAACUUACGGGAUGCGGACAGAUUUUGGUUUGAGAACACCAAGAAUGGCAUUUUUACAGAAACGGAGCGUAAAACCAUUUGGAACACGACAUUUAGAGAUGUUUUGCUGGCAACAAUUGCACAGUCUGGGGAUAUUCAGAAAGACGUAUUCUACUUGAGGGAAGGUGACCCAUGUGUUCAACCAAAGCAGAUAACUGACAGUGAUAUGGAACCGUGUGUUGAAGUCAGCACCCUGCAUUACUUCCAGGGCAGUGGAGCAGGUUUUGGAAUACUCAUUGUGGCUCUUUGCUGUUUCCCACUAGCGGCCUUGCUUUUAGCUUUUGCUAUAUCUAUUGGUCGAAGGAGAGAGAAGAAAAGAUUGCAGAACAAGAAACGUUCUGUAAGGAAACAGGUCUCUUCAGGAGAUAAAAUCCGAGCCAGAGAAUGGCAAGGGCCCAAGGAUACACAGCGGUAUGUCAGCAUUGUCUUGGACUCCAACAAGUGCAUUAAGGUCAUGGAUAGUAAACAUUCUGUGAUCCGAAACAUCAAGAUUAGCCAGGACCACUUCGAUAUUAUUCAGUCCACCAAUAAUGAACAAAAGACUCUAUUGCUGAAGGCCCCCAAGGAAUAUGAUCUGGUUCUGUUGUUUAAUGAUGAAGAUGAACGUAACAUAUUUGUGGAAGAUUUAAAAAAUUACCUGGAUAGUCAUGGCAUACGUCUGCUGGUGCAUGAAGUGAAAGAACGAACUCUGUUGAAGGAAGCUGUGACGAAGGAACAACGGAUGAAGAUCUUAGAUACGUUCUUCCGUCGUGUUUUUGCCCAGGUUCUGGAGAUUGACGGGUCUGAUGCCGGAAACUUUGAUUAUGAAAUCUCCAAGAAAGCAAAAGAAUCUCUGACCUGUGAACUGACAAAGACAGAAUUUGCGGAGGCACUGGGAGUAAAGGAGGACAGCAUGUUUGUAGAGCAGAUGUUUAGCCUGGCAGACAAAGAUGGAAAUGGUUACCUGUCUUUUCGGGAGUUCCUGGAUAUCUUUGUUAUUCUGAUGAAAGGUUCUCCGGAAGCAAAAUCUAAGCUUAUGUUUGCAAUGUACGAUGUUGAUGGAAGUGGUUCCAUGUCAAAAGAAGAGUUCUCACAACUACUUAGAUCCUUCAUUGAGAUCUCUAACAACUGCUUGACAAAGGAUCAAAUACAAGAGGUGAUAGAGUCAAUGUUCAAAGAUGCUGGAUUUGAAGAUAAGGAGGAAUUAAUGUGGGAGGACUUCCAUUACUUGUUUCGAGAUCACUACAGUGAAUUGGAGUUGGCUCAGCUCACUGUGAAAGGUGUUGAAGGGCAGAAACGUGACCAAUCCACUCGGGUUUCCUUCAUAAUGAGGAAAAAGCAAGAAAACAAGGCAGAAUCCACCGAAAGCAACCAGAUAGAGACCAACCACCAGGAGGAAAUGAACGCCCCAAGCCACGAGGGCUUUGUAAUGGACCUGCGGAAACGGUUUCGCAAAAAACCUUCCCAACCACCUAACAAAAUCUUUGCAGAGGCCAAACGGGAGAAGUAUACCAAGAACAAAUUUCAACAGAAAAUUAACGAAUGUAUUCAGUAUGUUCAGAACCAUCAACGCCAGAUUUUUUGUGUCAUAAUCUUCUAUGGUAUUACAGCCGGUGUCUUUGUUGAGCGUGCCUAUUAUUAUGCUGUUUUAAGGGAGCACUCUGGAGUACCUCAAACCACAAGGGCUGGCCUCAUCAUUGCCCGUGGAUCAGCAGCUGCAGUCUCCUUCAUGUACUCGUACCUCCUGCUUACUAUGUGCCGCAAUCUCAUCACGGUGCUGCGCGAAACCUUCCUCAACCGCUACAUCCCCUUUGAUUCAGCUGUUGACUUUCAUCGUUGGGUUGCAAUGUCAGCUAUCUUCUUCUCAAUACUCCACAGUGCAGCUCAUGCGGUUAAUAUCUACUCAUUUUCUGCUAACCCACUCAGUGUUCUUGCCUGCCUGUUCCCUGAAGCAAUUUACGAUGAUGGGUCUGAACUGCCCCUGAAGUAUUAUUGGUGGUUCUUUCAGAACAUUACAGGAAUGACUGGGGUUCUUCUUCUUUUCGUCUUUUCUUUACUACACAUCUUUGCCUUGCAUUAUUUCCGACGCAUUAGCUUUCGGGCAUUCUGGGUGUCACACCAUCUCUAUAUUGUGAUAUACAUCUUGAUAAUCUUACAUGGUAGUGCUGCUUUGCUUCAGCCUCAGAGAUUCCACAUCUACUUUAUCGUCCCCACUCUGUUCUUUGUUGGAGACAAAUUUGUCAGCUACAGCAGGAAGAAAAUUGAGAUAGCUGUUGUGAGAGCACAACUUCUGCCUUCAGGUGUUACUAACCUUGAAUUUAAACGACCCAGAGAUUUUGACUACAUGUCUGGACAGUGGGUACGUAUUGCAAGCCUUCUCUUGGGAACAAAUGAGUACCAUCCCUUCACCCUGACUUCAGCUCCUCAUGAAAGCACCCUUAGCCUUCACAUCCGGGCUGUUGGACCAUGGACAAUACGCUUACGGGAAAUAUACUCUCCUGAAAAUAUAGCAAACAUUGGUUAUUACCCAAAGAUCUAUCUGGACGGCCCAUUCGGGGAGGGCCACCAAGAAUGGAACAAGUUCGAGGUGUCGGUUUUGGUAGGAGGUGGAAUUGGUGUGACGCCUUUUGCAUCUAUCCUCAAAGAUCUUGUCCACAAGUCAACAAUCAAGGACAAAAUAGCAUGUAAAAAGAUCUACUUUAUCUGGGUAACUCGAACGCAGAGGCAAUUUGAAUGGUUGGAGGACAUCAUCCGUGAAGUUGAAGAGACAGACAAAAAUUCCCUGGUAUCUGUCCAUAUCUACAUCACUCAGCUAGCAGAGAAGUUUGACUUGCGGACCACCAUGCUUUACAUUUGCGAGCGCCACUUCCAGAAAGUGUCAAAUCGUAGCUUGUUCACUGGACUUCAAUCCAUCACACAUUUUGGACGGCCUCAAUUUGUCCCUUUCUUCUCUUCGCUUUUGGAUGUGCAUUCCGAGGUUACCAAGGUUGGAGUGUUUAGCUGUGGACCUCCUGGAAUGACCAAAAAUGUAGAAAAAGCCUGCAAGGACAUGAACAAGCGUCAUAAAAUGCAAUUUUAUCAUCACUACGAGAACUUCUAGCUUCGCAGAUCUUCUACAAGAACUUCUGAAAAAUUCAGCUUUAUAAAUCUUCCUUAAAGUGAAGGAAUACUUUGUGUAGAUUGGAAAUGUUGUUUCUUUCACUCAUCCUGUGGUAGUUUAUACUGACUGUUCCUAAUCUCGCACUGGGAUCUAUAAAUCUGACUUUUAUGAAAAAAUAUUUUUCAAUUGUUAAGCGUAUGUACAGAUAAAUGUUAUGUCAAUUGAUUUGUUAAAAUGAUCAUGUGUGAGAGGUUGUCCGAUGAAUUGUUAGACAGGAUUUAGAAUUAGAUUUACUGUUCACUCUGUACUAUUAAAUCUUGAAUGUUAAUCCUCAAUCCUACUUGGAUUUAUUUAUUUAAAUCCACAUCGUUUGACUCAAGAACUUAAGGAAGUAGGAACAUGUCCUACAAGUCUGCCCUACUAUUUUGAUCUAUGAUAGCAAUUUCUCUUCUUCAUUCCAUCAAAUAUUUAUCCAACUCAACUUUAAAUACUUCUAAUGAUCCAGUUGCCACCACCUGCCAAGGCAGAGGAUUCCAGGUUUUCACCUCUUUCUGCAAGAAGAAAUGUCCAUGUUCCUCAGUUUUAAAUGAUCGGCCCCUUAUCUUGUAGUUACAUCCUCUUGUUUGAGACUCUUGUAUUAGUGAAAACAUCCCAACAUAUACUCCUGUCAGACCCCCUUUUGAUAAGGUCACCCCUCUUUCUUCUGAUCCCCAAAGAAUACAGGUCCAAAUUAUUUACUCUCAUUUGGUAGGACAAUACUCUCCUACCAAGAAUUAAGAUCAUGAGAACAAAAGACAUAGGGGGAGAAUUAGGCCACUCAGCCCAUCAAGUCUGCUGCACUGUUUGAUCAUAAAUGAUCUAUUGCCUUCACAACUCCAUUCUCAUGCCUUCUCCCUGUAUCCUUUCACACCCUGACUAACCAAGAAACAUUUCAAACUUCACCUUAAAUACACCCAAUGACCUGGCCUCCACAGACACCUGUGGGAAUGAAUUCCACUUUUACUAUCCUCUGGCAGACAAAAUUCCUCCUCAUCUGUGUUCUAAAGAAAUGUCCCUCUAUUCUGCAGUUGUGCCCUCUAGUUGUAGACUCCCCAUCAUAGGAAACAUCCUCUCCACAGCCACUCUACCUAGGCCUUUCAACAUUUGAUAGGUUUUAAUGAGAUUCCCCCUCAUUCUUCUCAUUAGCCUCGUGAAUGUUGUUGUGCCCCCAAUGUUCCAAUAUCUUUUGUUUGAUAAGGGGACAAAAACUGUAUGCAUUAUUCCAGGUGAGGCCUCAUCAAUUUCAUGUACAAUUACCUCAAAACCUCCACAAUUUUUAAACUCCAGUGCCUUUGCAAUUGCCAAAUUCUAAUGCCUUCUUAAAUAUUUCUCGGACCUGCCUGCUAGAUUUUUGUGAUUCAUGCAUCCAUACAUCCAGAUGCCUUUAUAUUUCACUCACUUGCAGUCUCUUCCCAUUUUGAUAAUAAUGUGUCCUUUGAUUUCUCUUACCAACGGACAUGACCUCACACUUCCCUGCAUGAACUCCAUUUGCCAGUCUUUUGCCUGCUCAUCCUGUUGCAGAAUUACAAUAUCCUUAUCACAACAGUCCUUCCACUGAAUUUUGGAAACCUUACAUCCUGUUCCUUUAUCCAAAUCAUUAAUACAAAUAGUGAACAUUAUUAGGGCAAGAACUAACCACUAUAUUGCUUCAGUAAUUACCUCCAUUCAGUCUGAAAAGGACCCAAUUAUUUAAACUCCCUGCUUUUUAAGAGACAGUUAGUUUUCAGUUUAUUCUAACACACAUUCCCUGAUGCUAUGGAUUUUUAAUUUAUGAGGCAUCUUCUCAAAUGUCUUUUGGAAGGCGAAAUACACUACAUCUAUGGGUUUCCUUCUAUCAUCUCCCCUAUUACAUACUCAAAAUCUGAGCAAGUUUGCCAAACUUGAUGUAGAACAUAUAACAGUACAGGACCUUCAGCCCACAAUGUUGUACUGAUCUUUUAACCUACUCUAAGAUCAAUCUAACCCUUCCCUCCUCCAUAGCCUCCAUUUCUCUAUCAUCCCUGUGCCUGUCUCAGAGUUUCUUGGAUGCCCCUAUGAGAUCUACCUCUACCCUACCCCAGCAGGGCAUUCCACUCACCCACCACUCCAUGUAAAUAAUUUCCUCCAUACUUUCCUCCAAUCACCUUAAGAUUAUGCUCCCUCAUAUUAGCUAUGUUGACCUGGUAAAAUUAUAUUCAUCUUUCCUAAAAGAUUAGAUAUUUUCUCUUUUACUAUUGACUCAGGCAUUUUGCCAAUGAUUGCUGCUUACUAACAGCCUGUAGUUCUCUGCCUUCCUCCUCUAUCCUUGUUUAAACAACGGAAUUACAUAGGCCGUUUUGCAAUCCUUUGGUACCCUUUUGAACUUGCUGGAGUUCAGCAAGUUAUGAAAAUUUUCAGUCAAUGAAUCCACAGACUCUGCAACUACUUUGUUUAAAACCCCUAGCAUGCAGUUAAUCUGGGUAACUUGCCCUCCAGACACCGCCUCUUCCCAUCCACAUCUGUCCCCCAACAAAAAAACUGUAGUCAUCUUCCCUUGUAAUUGUGAGUUUUGUAAAUUCUACCGUGUUAUUUAAAAUUAACUCAUCUACUAUCCUAGGGAUAUUAGAAAUAUCACCCAUGAUGAAAACUGAGCAAAAAAUUUAUUCAAUAUACUGUAUCUACCGUUACUUUGUUUGCUGUUUUUGAUUCACCAACAUUGUUCUCUGGUGGUCCAAACAUUUACUGCCCUUUUACUAUGUAAACAUCUACAGAAACUUUGUUUUAUUCUACAUGCAGGUUUUAUUUCAACGUUCGUUUUUCCCUUCUGAUGAGCUUUUUUAGUCUUCUGAUGUUGGAACCUAAAAUCCUUCCCAAUCCUCUGGUCUAACACCAGCCCUUGCCAGUUUGUAUGCUCUGGUUUUCAAUCUAAUAUUAUCUUUUACUUCCAUCUUGACUCUUUCUCACAAGAUUCCCUCUUUUGAUUGGCAUAAAUUUUUACCCAGCAUUACAGAUCAGCUGUUUGAGUAAAAUGAACAUUAUUCAUUUACAACUUCUGGGGUGCAUGAAGUGUUUUAAGAGUCUGCAAACUGGGAUUGUAAAAUGGUCAUCUUAAUCUGUUACAUAAAUGGAUGAAUCGAUAGUCCAAAAUUAGUUGAGAAGUGCUGUACUUUGUGGUAGACAUGAAUAUCAUCAGAUGUCUCAUUAUUAGCGAAAUUUGUUAAGCAAGGUGUGCAAGGAAGGAAGUUUGAUAUUUCUGAUCUGAAAGCACAUACAUUGUAUGUAAAAGAUGGAAAUUAGGAAAUUAGAGCAAUGUACUUCAUGCAUCAUGUUCAUUAUACAUAAGCAGGGCAAGUAAAUUAUACGUAUGUUACAAUCCAAGAAAUGAGAAGCAAAUAAAAGUAUUUAUAUUCUAAUUUUAAGUUUUAAGAGUUAACUUAAAACUAUAAGAUGAUUUAAUUCUUAUUAGCAUUAUUUCUGGUGUAUUAUUUAAAAUGAUUAUUUCAAAUUACUUAAUUCACAUCAUUUUAGAACAAUGACUGAUUGUAUUGUCACUAAUUAUGUUUUUACACAAACUUGAUUAUUUAUAAUUCACGUGAAAGUGGAAGGUACAGUAUCAAGAAUAUUAGAAUAAAAUUCAUGUCCAAAGAUUUAUACCUUGAUAUCAGCAAUGGAAUGGCAAUGGGACCAUAUUUUGAAAACAGAGGAGAUGCACAGCCGUAGCAACUUCAGUGCCUGAAAUGGACCUAACUGUAGCCAAAACCACCUGCUGAAGUCCAACUAUAUAUUAUUAAAUGGUGUUACAUUGGAAUAAUUGUAGAAUCCUAAGAAAUACUGAGGAACAGAGACCUGGUGUAUAAGUCCAAAGAUCCCUGGAGAUACCAAAAUGAGUAGGUGGUGAAGAAGAUAUACAAGAUACCAGCCUUAUUGGCUGAACAUGGAAUAUAAAAUCAGAGAGUUAUAGUACAGAUUUAAUAAUUUUGGUUAGGCCACAGCUGGACUACUGUAUGUAAUUUUAAUCACCAUAUUAUAGGAAAGACAUUGGAAAGGAUGGAGAAGAGGUUCACCAGGGUGUUGCCUGGGAUAGAGCAUUUCACUUAUAAAAAGUGACUGAAUAAUCUGGAUUUGUUUACAUAUGCAGAAUUAUGAGGGGUAUGGGUAGGGUAAAUAAUAGGAAACUUCUCCCAGUAUCAGAUGUUUUUAAAACCAUUGGUUUAGAGGGGAUCUGAGAAAGAAAUUUUCCUCAGUAAGGGGCUGAAUCUGAAAUACAUGGUUGGUGUAGAAAUGGCUGCUGUAAAACACUUCCAGUUGUCCAUCAUUCAGUGCUGGCAAACAUUGCUUACCUAUAACACCAGAACCCUCCAUAAGAUCCUGCAAAUUUCAGAAAAUGAACACCAUACCAGAAAUUGAUAUGGAACUCAUGAUGACCUUGAGUGCAAUCAAUGUACAAAAACAAGGUGCUUAAGUGAUACGCUCGGAUGUCCCUCACCCCACAACAGAUACACCCUCUAUAUCCAGGUAUAAAAUUACAGUUGUUGCUGUGCAGUUACAUAGAGGGGAGAGGGAGAUUUAUUUAUUUAUUUAUUGGCAACAAUUUGCAUAUAAUAAUUACUGUUGAUCAGCACAUUCCACAAAGCUUUAAAAUGAUUGCUUUAACUAUGUUUGAUACAAAGACUCCAUGAGAUGUUUAUCUCUAAGUCAGCUAACUAUCGUUUUCAUAGAUUGCUGACUCAGAGAUAAACAUCUCUCAUAAACCAUUGCUGGGUGUCAUUCCAUUGUGUACUGAGACACCGACAAUCAAAGGUACUAUCUUUUGGACUGCAUGUUAAAUAAAAGCCUUUCCUGCUCUCUCAAGUGGAUCUUAAAGACAUAUGACACUAUCUCAAAAAAUUCAGGAACAUUUUCUGCUCUGCCAUUCAUCAAAAUUGUGACUGGAUUUCAACCUAAUCUCCAAUUUCUUGCGCUAAUCUCACAUCCCUUGGUUCCUUUAAUAAGAAGAAUCCAUCAAUCAUUGUUUUGAAUUAUCUCAAUAACAUUUGUACCUCCACUAGUCCUCAAGGAAGAGAAUUCAAUGUCAGUUGUUAAAUUACUUUUCACUGCAGUUCCAAAUGAUCUACUGCUCAGUCUGUGUUCCUAUUUCCAGACACAGCAUCCUCCACUGUCAAUCCCUGUAAGAAUUUUGUUUUUUUUUCAUUCUAAAUUGUUGAGAAUACAGGUUUAGUCUGCUCAACCUAUCUUUCCAUGAAUAUGACUGUUGAACCUUAACUGCCAUACCUCUAUGACAAGUACUGUAGUGUAGAAGUUCGAGUAACACUGUUACAGUGUUAGCUAUAAGAUCGGGAUUUAAUUUCAGCUCCUGCCUGUAAAGAGUGUGUAUGUUCUUUGUGUUACCCUAUAGGUUUCAUCUGUGUGCUCCAAUUACCUCCCACAUUCCAAAGACUUCCAGUUAGGGUUAGUGAGUUGUGGGCACGCUACAGUAUACUGGUGCUGGAAGCAUGAUGACACUUGUGGGGCCGCCCAACACAAUCUUUGUUGAUUUGAUUUGAUGCAAAAUGACACAUUUCAUUAUAUGUACAUGUGACAAAUAAAGCUAAUCUAAUCUGUAAAAAUGAACCAGAAUCAGAAUCUGGUAUAUGUUGUGAAAUUUUGUUGUUUUGCAGCAGCAGUAUAUUGCAAAACAUAAUAAUAAAGAAAAUGAUAAAUGACAUAAAAAUUAUAUUUAAAAACUCAGAAAUCUGAUGAUGGUGGAAAGAAGCUGUUCCUAAAAUGUUGAGUGUGUGUCUUCAAGCUCCUGUACCUCCUUCUUGAUGGGAGCAAUGAGAAGAGGGCAUAUCCUGGGUGAUGCAGGACGUGAAUGAUGAAUGCUGCCUUUUUGACGUAACACCUUUUGAAGAUAUCCUCAAUGCUGAGGAGCCUAGUGCCCAUGAUGGCAUUGGCUGAGUUUGGAACUUAUUGUAUAUCCUUUUUUUAGUCAAUCAAAACUGUCAAAUAUUCUCCUGCUGCUGUCUCACCA